UGAGAAAAUGAGUUUCCAAUUGCACGAAAUGGAAAAUGUGCCAACGCCGGUGGAGGAGAGUAGGUCUGGUGGCCUGGAUGGGCGAAUCCAACGCCUGGAAGUAGUCCACGCGAUGAGCUCUGAGGUCAGCAAAAUGAGUACGGAUAUGGCGGAGUUGAAGUCCGUGAACUCGGCCAUUCUCGACUCCACGGCGCAAAUGUUGGCUCUCUGGAGGAAAAUGGCACCAGUAGAGCCAAUCCUAAAGGCCGACUUCCCCAUCCGGUCGAUAGACCAUUUAAAGGAGGUGGACGAAAAGAUUUACGGGAAAAUGGAAAAAUACUUUAUUCCCACAGAUCUGCAAAUAGUCGACAUAUUGACGAAGCCAUCUGCACGGUUUAUUUCCCUGAGAAACCAGCUGGGACUUUCUGAAUAAUCUAACUACGAACCUUGUGAACUGUUGCUGAAAAUCCAUCGCUUUUAGAAGCCAAACAUGAAAUGGA